CUUGGACCCUUGGCAGCAACGGGACCUUUCCUUGUGUUCUAACUAGGCUUUAGAUUCUUACGGAAGCGUACCAUCAACGCUUCAGCUCUUAGAGCCUCAGGCCACGCGGGCUACCACACAACCUUCCGCUCUCGUUCGCACCCAUUACAACCCCAGUCAGGACUUACUCGGCACAAGUCCCUUCCGCAAAUUUAGCACCAUGACCGCUCGAACGUAUCCAAAAACCAUCAACACCGCAAACCUCGCUAAGGAAGACGAGCAACGUAUCGUCUCCGAGUUUGUGGUGACAACGCUUCAAGCGAACACGAACGCUGACAAUCCAAACAUCUUCCACUGGAAGAUCUUUCUGACUCUUGCUGAGCCCGAGGUAUCCGCAAACUCAAAAAGGCGGUACGCAGUUCUCGAUAUGGUCCCUACUGGCAUGAACUGCGCCUGGACGUUCAUGGACGGUCACCCGAAGCAGGACGUCACGAGCUGGACUGGCACGCUGAUGGUCUCGAGCGAGCAGGUGUCAACUGCCUCACUAUGUGACGGUCCCAUCCAUGUCGACCUUUCUAUCACACCCUCAAAGAACUUCACAGUACCAGACGUUCUUGGCUUGCUUUUGGACAGUCACAUGGAUCGCUACAACUUCAACGCACACGGUAUGGGGUGUUUGCACUGGAUCAUGAUUACCAUGGAGCGCCUCCAAGACACAGGUCUUGUAGAAGCCCAAGCCUUGAAAAGGCUCCAAGCAUUCCACGCGAAGCAGUUGGAGCUUCAUCCAGGCAGACACCCGUUUCCCAUUGCCAAAGGGGAGUUCUAUGAUUGAGGCGACUCGGAGGUCCCCAUUACGUUAUCAUCGAGUAGAAUCCUUACUGGGAGGUCUUCUAGAUGACGACAAAUCUAAAAAGAGAGAAUCCAUUAACCAUGUAUGCGGAAU